AUGGCAUUAGGAACAGCAGUCAACACACAGGCGCCUCUGUUCCCUCCUCCUGUGUCAACCACCCAGCAAAUUGCACCAUACUUUCCCUCGUCAUACGCACCUGUUACAGCAGCUGAACGUCCCGCUUCUCAACUGCAGUCAACCACUCUCCCCAACCUCCCCAGCGGCUCCAUUCCCCUCCCUCCAGCUCCCUCGUCUCCCCCCUUCUCCUUCUCCCUACCCUUCCAAUUCUCCUCCUCGGAACAACCGCCCUCUUCUGCGCCUUCCCCUCCCUUAUCCUCUUCCCCAUCCCUCACUCCCUUUACCCCCUCUUCCUCCCCUUCUCCCUCUCUGCCAAGCUCCUCCGCUCCCUUUCCGCUGAACUCCCCCUCUCCGCCCUCCCCUCCCUCUCCCCCACCCCUUGCUCGCACUUCAUCCCCAGCAUCCGUUCCCAAUCCCUCGCCCUCAUCAACCUCCGCUUCAUCCCCUCCCUCCUCCUCUCCCUCCUCUGCUUCCCAGCCCCCUUCCCAGCGCUGCCUAUUCGCAGGCCAGCAGCAGCCGUGCGAUCCAAGCAGGCAGGCUGACCCAAACGCACCUGCAGCCCCGCCAUCCCCACCAGCCCAAAGCUCCAGCUUCUCUCCACCAGACCCGACCGCUGCUGCUGCUCCUGGUGGAGCACCGGGCAUCAGGCCCUCUCCCCCUUUCCCCAACUCCUCUGUCGAGCCUUCUCCUUCCUCUGCUGCCAGACCGAUCCCCCCUGCCUCCCCUGCUUCAGCCCCUUGGGGCCAAUCAGGGGAACCGACUGCCAAUCAGAUAGCUGCCCCACCACCUCAGCCAAUGAGCGGCCAACAGCUGGCGAUCACAGGGGCGGCAGUGGGGGGAGUGCUAGCAAUAGGGCUCAUACUGCUGCUGCUCUUCGCUGCACUGGGCUGCUGCGGAGACGUGUGUGGGGGGCUGUGUGGGGGGAUAUGUGGGGGCCUGUGUGGGGCGAGAAAGAGGGAAGACGAGGAGAGUGUGUGGAUGGUGGAGGAUAAGGAUGGGGCGGCUCUUGCUAGUGGCAUGGACACAGGGAUGGGCGUGGCUGAGCAGAUGGGCGUGCCCUUGGCAAGGGGUGUCGGUGCGGGCGUGAGUAGAGCUGCUGCUGGGCUGCCUGCAGGCAUGUCAAGCGGCCAGGUGAAGCCAAUGGGUGCACCAGAGCUAAGAGUUGUGGCUGAGGCAAGGGGAGCGGCCGAGCCAAAGGGUGCGGCGGAGCCAAGGGGUGCGGUUGGGCCGAGGGGUUGGGACGAGCCAAUGGGCCAGCGUGGGUCAUCACUUGCUGAUGGUGAGCAGAUAAGGAAGAAGCAGCGAGGCAUUCACUCUGAGGCGGUGGACAGGAGUGGCCGAGGCACGCAAUCAACAGCAGUCGCUGCAACUGCCAUCACAACUGCUGUGCUGCCAUUCGGGGAGACUGUGGAUGUGGAGCGAGUCGUGAUCGGGCAGCUCUCCCCGGCCCACAUCUCACAGCACAUGCGUCUGCUCUCCCACCUCUCCCACCCGCACAUCGUCGACACUCUUGGCUACAAGCUACUGGCCGGCAACAUUUGUCUGGUAGCCACAGCCCACAUGUCGCAGGGGACUCUGCUCCAGUGGCUCAAAGGUGUUUCACUUGUGCCGGCCAGCCUCCUCCCCCCCUCUACUGGACUGGCCUACAAGGGUACAGGUGGCGCGGUCUCCUCCUCCCCUCCUCUACUGGACUGGCCUGCAAGGGUACAGGUGGCACGGUCGGUAGCCCGAGCUCUCACAUUUGCCCACUCGUGCGAUCCCCCGCUGCCACAUGGCGCUCUCUCCUCGCGCCACGUGGCGUUUGGGGCGGACCUCAAGCCGCGUGUCGGCGGCUUCGCUGCUGCCAGGCUGAGAAGACUGGGGCACCGCAGGGCAUCGCAUGGAAAUUCAUCUGAUGACAUGGUAGCUGACAUGGCAGCUGACGUGGCGGAGCACAUAGCAUCGGACAUCCACAGCUUUGGUCUCAUUCUCCUCCAUCUGCUCACCGGCCGUGACCCCUUCCUCUCAACACCAUCAUCAUCAUCACCACCUUCCGCCUCGUCCUCUUCCCCCACCUUCGCUGCCCUUUCGUCCGAUGCACAGCGGAUGCUGGCUGAGGUGAGUAAUGAGAGCUGA